AUGGCAGCCGCUGCGCCCCAGCACUACAUGCACCUCCAACAUCAUCACCACUACCAGCAAGCUGGCGCGACCCCGAAGGCGGCCUCUCACCCAGCUCAUGGCCCUGCGUCUUGCAUCGUCUUUGCUCCUGGCGUCGUGGGCAACGCGCACGCGAUCACCCUGCGCCUGAGCAAGUCGGAGGACGAGCGGAGCCGGAGGCGCUUAUAUAACCCUCGCGGCGAAGCAUCCUAUAGCCCUCGCAGAGAAGCAUCCACCGCCAACCCCUCUCACUCAACGAACACCGCCCAUGCCCGAAAGUCAUCAUCAAGCAGCCUGCCCGAUACCCGGCCACCCUCGCCUCAUAUAGACAGCGUUCCCUACCUAUCCUCCUCUGCACCCACGUCUCGCCCCACCUCCCCCACCCCCCUCACCAUCCGUAUCCGUAAAGAGGACCAUGUCGCCUACAUCGAGAAGCGCGCGCAGUCCGACGCCGCCGUCCGCGACGUUACGGAACUCAUGGGUGACGCCCUGACGCUCGCCGAACCCUCUGGCAUUGACGCCCUGGCGCGCGCAAUGGGGAGGCAGCUGCGUGUCGAGGGGCCGAUGGACUCUGAGGACGACGACGACGAAGACGGGCAUCUCCCGAAGCCCUCUCGCAUGCGCCAGCUUGAGCUUACGGUGGAGACCAACCUCUUCUUGGCCGAGGUGGCGAAGGAGCUGACUGGGAUGCCCGACAAGCGGCCAAUGUUCGGCGAGCAGACGCAGGGUGUUUCGCCCGGCAAACGCAAGCUCAGCGUGUUCUACGCGGACCAUGAGUCUUUGGACGAGGAGAUGGAGGACAUCGAUGGUCCGAGGCGAAGGAAGAUUGCACGAUUGCCUAGUGCUGGUCAUUCUGGGCCGCCCAACACCAUGAGCUCGCUCCCACUGACAUUAGCAGCGACCGCCGCCCUCGCGUAUUUCGCCCUCGUCCGAGCCCUUCGAUGGCGCAAAUACGACACCGUACAUCGCAAGUACGCGCACAAGCUCCGAGACAAGACGCUGUCGCCAACGGAGGCGCAGGAGAUCGUGCAACUUUCUCUCGGCUAUGAUAUGCACUACAUCAUGACCAUGGCGCUGUCGUUUGCGCUGUUCAAGACGUAUGGGAUUCCGUCCAUAUCCAAGCUGCUGCUCGCGACGAAGGAGCUGUCGACGAGGGAUAACGUGGCGAAGAGGAUUAUAGAUACGGAGCUACUCAUUGGUAGGCUUUACCUUCCGGUCACAAUUCUCCGAGCCCACUCUGAGCUCUCGUCUAUAGCAGCAUGGACGCAUUGCCCAAUCAAUGGACAUUACCCGGGUGCUGUGACUGCCCCAUGCGACCCGCGCGCCAUGCUCAGUAUGGCUCGCGUCAACUGGCUGCACUCGAAAUAUCACAUCUCAAACGAUGACUUCCUCUACACGCUCAGCCUCUUCAUCUUUGAACCUCUGACAUGGGCCGAAAAGUACGGCUGGCGUCCCUGCUCGGAUCUUGAGAAACAUGCCUGGUUCGUCUACUGGUCCGAGAUUGGCAAGCGCAUGAACAUCCAUGAUAUCCCGGCCACCUUCGACGAGCUGAAGCGAUGGAGUGUGAUGCUGCACUGGCAGGCCUACGAAGAAAAGCAUCUCGUCCCAUCGCCCACCAAUUUCGAAGUCGCCAAGCACAGUGUGGAGGAAAUUUUGUAUCGUGUACCGAACGCCUUCGGCCUCAAGCGCUUUGCGAGGCGCCUGUCUGUAGCCAGCCUGAUUGAGCCCGCAUUGUCGCCCGUCGAUCCGACCUCGGGCCUGGUUCGUAGGAUGCACCCGCGAAAGUUCCCAUCCAAACCCUGGUACAUGCCGGAGCCAUCCAACCUGCUCUCCGCCCUCGCCGUCCGCCUCCAGGUGUGGCUGGGUGUCUACGAAGCCGCGCCGGGCCCGCAGUUCAAGAGCGAGGGGUAUUACUUGCACGAGAUGGGACCGUUGAAGUUCGAGCGAGAUGGCCGGAUAGAGACUCUGAAGGCGGCGGAAGAAUUUCUUGGCUGUCCUGUGCCCGGGCCAUGGGUGAAGGCUGUGGGGGCGAAGGAGACGCCGCAGUCAUAA